AAUACAAACACCGGCGAAGCCAUGAUAUUCAACAUGACAACCAGCACACCGGCUACUUGUAACUACACACACAAUCUCACAGGAGUACAGUGCAUAGGCCUCAAUCACUCCAAGGCCAAUUCAGCAUCCGACUGUGAAGCGGCUUGCUGUGCUGCGAAGGAGACAUGUACCGUGUGGCAGUAUGCGGAGAAAGAGAAUGGAUGCUGGAUUGGCAAUGUGGAUCUGAGCAGAUGUACUGGUGCAGAUGAGAACUGGGUAGGCGGUGGAAGUAUGGUUACAGCCAGCAACGUCACGGCUGUAGGCAGGGAUGCAAGCGGCAAGGUCACAUCCAGCCAUGCUCUCAUUGCCGCCAAGGAAGCUCAUACAGUGCAGUUGACACUCGAUGCACCAUCUCCGACAACAGGCACUGGCACCAAACUCGUUCUCGAUGGGCACGAUGCUGCGCUAGUGGGUGCAAGUGUGGUGGAUGCGAACGGUGUUGUCGUCACCGACUCAACUGUCAACAUCACCUUCAGCGUUGUCUCGGGUCCAGGCAGGCUAAUUGCUGUCGGUAAUGGAGAUAACUAUUGCCAUCAGAAUGCCAAGAGUGAUCACAUACCGGUGUAUGGAGGUCAUGCCCGUGGCAUAUUCCAAGUAACCGUCGACUGUGUCAGUAACAAUCAUGAUAUGUGCCUCGCAAUCGAUGUAGACCAAGGACCAGCCAAGGUACAAGCAGGCGAGUGUGCCGAUGUUGAAAACAUUGUGAUCAAAGCAAGCAGUGAUGGAUUAGCUCCAGGCACAUUGUCUAUUCCAGUAUCUGGCUCUGUUGAUGACCUACCGCUGGAAGUUGCAAAGCAAUCCAAGGAUCUCUCUGGCUAUACGUAUCUUGAGACAUUCGUCGGAUGAUAGCGAACCCAUUGGCUUUGGAAACUGGCAUGUGUGUGUGACUAUUUCGUUAACUUGAAUCUUGCCACUGCCAGGUCCCAACAUCAUUUAUUAUGCUUUGAUGAACCUUUCCCCCUGCACUCAUCGUAUGGUGAUUUAUUGAUCUUCUUGUUUGGCAUGCACGUGCCGAAGAUGCCAUUACCUCAGGCUUAUCUGGUGCCGUUGCAUGCUGCCAGUGUCCACACUUAUUUGAAAUAGCGUUGGGCGUGUCAA